AUGGAGGAAAGACUAGGCCACGAAUUGCUUCUUCUAAGCGUAUCAAACCCGUCCGAGAGAUUGGGACAGGCGUCUGUUGGUUGGAGUGUUGAUACGAUCUUCACGAAAAGAAACAUGUCAAUCUCGGCUUAUGUUGAUGAGAAGAAGAAAGAGUCUUGGG